CUGCCAUUAAAGGUGGUCAGUGAAAUACAUAGGUGAAGAUGGCAGCGGUUAGUUUUUUUGUUUGUUUGUUUGUUUUAUCAGUAUGAUAGCGUAUUAGACACACACACUGUCUGCUCCAUGUCAUCCCAUUCAACAGACACUGACGCUGCAGCUCCUUUUAUUUAUCAACUAAUUAACAAACCUUGGCUCACACACCAGAAGUGUCCACACCUCCUCCAUGUGGGCUGUACUGUGAGCACCCAGCUGAGGGCCAGGCCCAGCAGAGGCUCCUCAGCUCGGCUCGCCUGGCCCUUCUCAUGGUCUCAUGGUCUAAAUUUAAAGCCGUCCCAGCCUUAAAAGGUCCUGACGGUGUCUUGUGCAUUCUGCCGAGUGGCAGCAUUAUUUUUGUUCUGUGGACUGCCGUCCUGUCCACUGCCCCUCACCCUGCUGCUGCCUGGAUCUGGACUUGCUUUGGCUACUUUUGGAAUAGCACACAUUUUCUCUCAUCUUCUACUUUUGUGGAUUGGUGAAUACCAAGUUGUGAGCUGGUAAAGUAAAGGAAAAGUCUGAUAUUAUAAGUUGGUGGAGUGGCCCCUCAGGAUGUCACGAUCAAUACAAGUGACGCAGAAGCAGCAGCAUCAUCAUCACCAUCAACAGCUGGAACAGCAGCAGCAGCAUCAACAGCUGGAACAGCAGCAUCACUAUGAGAGUGGCUAUUACCUGAGCACCAAGUCAUCUGUUAGCAAGCAGUCGUUCUCAUCUUUCAAGACCUCCAGCCAUGGCCUGAAGACCUCUGUGAGAACAGAGAAGGGGCAGGAGGUGGUUAAACUGAGCCCGCUACCCAAGAGAGCCAAACGCACCUACCUGGCAAUGGACAAGGAUAAAGAAGUUAUCGGCUAUGUCAUUCCCGUGUUCAGAGCCAGUCAUGACGCUGUUCGGGGUCUGAUGGAGGCUCAGGAGGAGGAGGUGACGGAGGAGGGGAUUCAGUAUGUGGCCAUGAGGAACCUGUUUGUCAGGGAGGCCAAGGAGGCCAUGCAUGUUAGGGUGGAGAAGAAAACCAGAUCAACACAUGUCAGGGAAUCUGCCGAACGAAUGGCAAUGAGCAAGACGCUGGACACCUGGGUGGAGUUCCGUAGGAAAAUGAACCCAGACAACCUGACACACCGUCCAGAGUUCAUCGUCAAGCCCCGUGGACAGACUGUCUGGGAGGGCAAGACUCUCAAGCUGCACUGCACCGUGGCUGGAUGGCCUAAACCCAGGGUUGCCUGGUACAAAAACAAUGUGCUCAUCGAUGCAAAGGCCCACCCUGAGAAGUACACAACCGAGAGCAAUUACAACAUGCACUCCCUGGAGAUCAAGAACUGCGAUUUCCUCGACACUGCUCAGUAUUGCGCCUCUGCCCUGAAUGUGAAAGGAGAAGCUUCGUCUGUGGCUACGAUUGUUGUCAAAAGGUUCCAGGAUGGCGAGGAAGCAGGCCCACUAGAUCCCAAACCACAUGGUUUCUCCCCAGAACACGGUGUCACCUUUAGAACAACCAUCCUCGACAAAUUCGAAGUGGCCUUUGGCAGUGAAGGAGAAACACUGAGUCUGGGCUGCACCGUCAUCAUUUAUCCCACUGUGAAGAAUUACCAGCCUGAUGUUGUGUGGUCCAGAAACUCUGUCCCCUUGAAGCCCUCUAAAUGGGUGCACACCCACUGGUCUGGGGAGCGUGCAACUCUCACCCUCGUCCACCUCAACAAGGAGGACGAGGGCAUGUACACCCUGCGCGUCAACACCAAAUCUGGCUUUGACACCUACUCCGCCUAUGUGUUUGUCAAAGAUGCCGAAGUGGAGGUGGAGGGUGUUCCCGUGGCCCCCCUGGAUGUGCGCUGUCAGGAUGCCAAUAAAGACUACGUGGUGGUGACCUGGAAGCAGCCAGCGGUGGAGGGCAGCAGCCCCAUCUUAGGAUACUACAUCGACAGGUGCGAGGUGGGCACUCAUCACUGGGCUCAGUGUAACGAUGUCCCCGUGAAAUAUGCCCGCUUCCCCGUCACAGGACUGGUGGAGGGCCGUUCCUACACCUUCAGGGUGCGGGCCGUGAACAAGGCAGGAGUCAGCCGCCCGUCUCGUGUCUCUGAGGCAGUGGUUGCCAUGGAUCCCUCCGACAGAGCCCGUCUGCGAGCUGGCCCCUCAGCUCCCUGGACUGGCAUGAUCAAGUUCACAGAGGAGGAUCCGACUGUGGGCGUCAUCCCCGGAGAACCCACUGAUGUUGAGGUGACAGAGGCAACCAAGAGCUACGUGGUGCUCGCCUGGAAGCCUCCAGCCCAGAGAGGCCAUGAAGGAGUCAUGUACUACAUUGAGAAGUGUGUUUCAGGUUCAGACACCUGGCAGAGAGUGAACACUGGUAUGCCAGUCAAGUCUCCCCGCUUCGCCCUGUUCGACCUGGCCGAGGGAAAAUCCUACAACUUCCGUGUGCGCUGCUGCAACUCUGCUGGUGUGGGCGAGUCUUCUGUACCCACAGGAGAGAUCACAGUUGGAGAUAAACUGGACCUGCCCUCAGCUCCGGGCAAUCCAGUGGCCACCAGGAACACCGACACCUCGGUGGUCGUCUCCUGGGCGGCCUCGAAGGACGUCGCACACCUGGUUGGCUACUACAUUGAUUGCAGCGUGGUGGGAUCCAAUGUCUGGAUGCCUUGCAACAACAAACCUGUCAAGAAGACCAGGUUUGUGUGCCACGGCCUGAUUACCGGGGAAAACUACGUGUUCAGAGUCAAGGCAGUCAACGCCGCAGGAUACAGCCAGAGCUCUCUCGAAUCUGAAGCUGUGGCGGUGAAAGCUGCUAUCUCCAUCCCCGGAAAGCCCACUGGUGUGACCCUGCUGGAGGCUGUGAAGGACUACAUGGUGCUCGGCUGGACUGCACCUGCUAAUGAUGGUGGGGCCGAUAUCAGAGGAUAUUUUGUGGACUACAGGACUGUGAAGGGAGACGUUGUUGGGAAAUGGCAUGAAAUGAACCACCAGGCAUUGACUACUACCUCCUAUAAAGCUGAGAACCUGAAGGAGAACGUCUUCUACCAGUUCCAGGUGCGCGCCAUGAACAUGGCAGGUGUGAGUAAAGCCUCUCUGGCCAGUGCCGCUCUGGAGUGCAAGGAAUGGACCAUCACUGUGCCAGGUGCUCCUGUUGGUCUUCAUGUGCUCGAGGUCCGUGACACCUCCGUCGUGGUCCUGUGGGAGCCACCGGCAUUUAAUGGCCGCACUCCUGUCAAUGGCUACUAUUUGGAUCUCAAAGAGGCCUCUGCCGGAGAGGAAGGCUUGAAGGCUGCUCACGAGAAGGCCAACAAGUCUAAAUACAUGAAGGUGACGGGGCUGAAGCCGGGCACAUCCUACGUCUUCACCGUGCGAGCUCAAAACCUCGCUGGAGUUGGAAAGCCCUCAGCAGCCUUAGGUCCAAUUCUGGCCCAGACUCGCCCUGGCACCAAGGAGAUUUAUGUGGAUGUCGAUGACAAUGGUGUGAUCUCUAUGGUCUUUGAGUGCUCAGAGAUGAGCGAAGGCUCUGAGUUUAUCUGGUCCAAGAAUUACAAGGCUAUCACAGACACCUCUCGCCUGACUGUUGUCACUGAAAACGGCAAGUCCAGAGCUAUCUUCAACACUCCCUCCCUGGAUGAUCUGGGCACCUACUCCUGUGUGGUCACCGGCACUGACGGCUUCUCCUCCAGCUACACUCUCACAGAGGAGGGUCUCAUGCGUCUUCUGGACAUCAGCCAUGACCACAAGUUCCCUGUUAUUCCCUUUAAGAAUGAAAUGGCCAUGGAGCUGCUUGAGAAGGGUCGCGUGCGAUUCUGGACUCAGCUGGAGAAAUUCACAUCUGCCUGUGAAGUGGAGUAUGUCUUUAAUGAUGUCAUCAUUACUCAGGGAAAGAAAUACACAAUGAACUUUGACAAGACGACCGGCAUCAUUGAGAUGUUUAUGGAUUCUCUGGAGGUCACUGAUGAGGGAACGUUCACCUUUAACCUGGUGGAUGGCAAGGCUAAGGGCACAACCAGUCUGGUGCUCAUUGGAGAUGAAUUCAGAACACUUCAAAAGAAGUCAGAAUUUGAGCGUGCAGAAUGGGUCAGGAAACAAGGUCCUCACUUUGUGGAGUACCUUGACUUCACUGUUACUGAGGAAUGUAAUGUGCUGCUGAAAUGCAAGAUAGGUAAUGUGAAAGCAGACACUGAGAUCACCUGGUCUAAGGACUGCAUUGAGAUUGCCGAGGACGACGAGGACGCUCAGAAAAUCGAGAGGAAGGAGGGCGAGCUGACCUUUAAUAUUGGAAAGUGGGUUAUUAAGCAAGAGAUAAAGAAAGAAAAAGGAGGGAGAAAGCCGCCCGCAGAAGAUGUUCCCCCGCCGCCAAGACCCAAAAUCUCAAAGGCCGAUGCGGGUAUUUACGAGGUCUUCCUGAGAGACGACAGAGGCAAAGAUAAGAGCACUUUCAGUCUGACCGAUGCAGGAUACCAAGCUGUAUUGAAUGAGCUGUUCAGGGUUAUUGCCAACUCCUCCUCUCAAGUCCAAAUCAGCAGCACUGAACAUGGAAUCAUCCUCUCCUCCAAUGUCACAUAUCACCACGAGGAACUGCGUGUUGGUUGGCUCCACAAGGAUACUAAGAUUGCCGCCUCAGAGAGACUUAAGUCUGGAGUCACAGGAGAGCAGCUUUGGCUUAAGAUCAAUGAGCCCACCGAGAAGGACAAGGGCAAAUACGCCAUAGACAUCUUUGAUGGCAAGGACGGUGUAAAGAGAGUCUUUGAUCUGUCUGGCCAGGCAUGGGAAGAAGCAUUUGAAGAAUUCCAACGGCUGAAGGCGGCAGCGAUUGCAGAGAGAAACCGCGCACGUGUUGUUGGAGGCCUGCCAGAUGUGGUUGCAAUCCAGGAGGGCAAGUCCCUGAACCUGACAGGCAAUGUCUGGGGCGAGCCCACGCCUGAGGUGAGCUGGACGAAGAAUGACAAGGAACUGGUGCCCGACGAGCACUACAAACUCAAGUUCGAGCACGGCAAGUUUGCCAGCAUCACAAUCGCUGCUGUCACAACAGCAGACUCCGGAAAGUAUGCCCUCGUGGUCAAGAACAAGUACGGCACAGAAGCUGGCGUGUUCACCGUCAGCGUCUACAACCCAGAGGAGGAGGAGAAGGAGGAGAAGAAAGGCUAGAGGAUGAUGCAGUGUAAUGAAAUAAAGCAGAAAAGAUGAACGACUGGGCCAUCUCCAAAGCAUUUUACCCCGGCACAUGCCGGUGCUCCAAAGCAGUUUAAAUAAAUGAUGAAUGACGCUGCUUCUUCCUGCCUCUUUCAUGUGCUGGGCUAAAGAGCUUUGGGAAUUGCUUGUCAAAGAAGAAAACAAAGAAUGUGACGCAGAGAGGAUAAUUGUGUGCUUGUAGUGGCUUGACAUGUCUUCUGUUACCUUUGUUGGCAGUAAAUGUGAUGUAUAAAUAUGGGAGAUGGUUGAUCUGUCAUUAAAUUGUGUUUUAAAAAAAAAAGCACGAAGGCCAUCAGAAGCAAAAUGCAUUCAUCAUAUAAUAUUAAAACUUUGACCCUUUAUACCAGGUUAUGCCUGAGGUUUAUGUAUAAAGUAAAGGGGAAAGAAAACUGAUGUUUUGAACUAAAGAAGGUGUCAGUGGAUAUUUCACAGGCUCCACUAAUUCGAGAUCUGUGUCUGUUUAUAAACCGCUACCUUAUUUAACUUGUACUGUGUGCAUGUGUGUUAUGUACCUUCUGUGUGCUGUCUGCAAGCUACAAGUGUCAUUACAGUCAUCAUGACCGUCUGUAGGAGAAGUGGAACAGGAAAACCCUGAUGGCUCUUAAAGUGUGUCACAAAACACACAUGGCAGUUGAAACUGGUUCAUUGAAGGUGUCACACACAACCUACAACGACCUGUAAAAAAAAGAAAAAAAAAGGAGUAAAGACAUACUUGGCAUGCUUUUGGAAGUCUUAUUAUAGGACUAAUCACGUGAGUGACAGAUGACGUCAGGGAAAAUGUGUUGAAAGUUGGGGGAAUGUUGUAUUUCAGGUGCAAUAGAAGGAAGCCAUUUAGAAAAACACUGCCCUGCAGCCUGUGGUUGACAAGUUAAACGCACUGUUUUCUUCUUAAAGCCCUCUUGUAAUAAAAGGUGCACCUGCUUUGAA